AUGACUGCUGGAAAGAAUCCAAGAAACUUCAAAAAGAAGGGCCAAAAGAAGAAGGUCGUUCACUCCUUCGCCAAGAAAGAAUGGUACAACGUCCACGUACCCACCGUCUUUGAUGUUAGAGUUCCAACCAUCACUCCCUGCAACAGAACCGCCGGUCAAAAGAUUUCCGCUGACAGUUUGAAAGGUCGUGUGUUCGAAGUAUCUUUGGCUGAUUUGAACAGAGAUAGCAAUGAUCAAGCCUGGAGAAAAAUGAAGGUGCAAAUCGAAGAAGUUAAGGGAUUUGACUGCUACACCAACUUCUACGGAAUGGACAUCACAAGAGACAAGUUGUGCACCAUUGUGAAGAAAUGGCACACCACAGUUGAGGCCUUCGUCCAAACCAAGACCGCCGAUGGAUAUCUCCUCAGAAUGUUCGCCAUUGGCUUCACCCAAAGAACCAAAAAGCAAGUCAGAGCUACCUGCUACGCAAAGGGCUCUCAGAGAAAGCUUAUCCGCAAGAAGAUGAUGGAAAUCAUGAUUAAUGAGGCUCAGAAAUCAACUCUUAAAGAGCUUACCAAGAAAUUUGUUUCCGACACUAUUGGAAAGGAAAUCCAAAAGCAAUGUGGAAAGAUCUUCCCCCUCUAAAACGUCCUCGUUAGAAAGGUCAAGCUCCUUAAGAAACCAAAGUUCGAUCUUACCAAGCUCAUGGAACUCUAUCAAGAGAAACCAGAACUCGAGAUUAAAGGAAAGAAAGAAGGUAAAGAAGAGCAACCAAAGAAUCUCCUCGACAAGAAGAAGCAAUGA